UUCAUGGAUAGCGGGCGACAUGGUGGUCAUUUAAAGAUGGCGGACUGUCUGGCGACACGCUUGGCAGCUCAGGAGGAGCAAAUUCAUGUCCUCGCCGGGGAAAUCUCCGCUCUCCGGGAAGGACUCGCCCGGAAUGUGGGCCCUGCGGGUGACGGGGAGGUCUCUCCGCAGCUGGAGGACCUGAGGUCGGAGAACGAGAAGCUCAAGUACCGGCUACUGCAUCUCCGCCGCGGUCUGCAGGCGGAAGUGGAUCUGGAGAAAGGUGGCGGAAAUGUCAAGAAAGACGUGCAGACCAACAACAAAGCUGCUAAAAAGGUGACCACCCCGGAAGCUAAAGCAAAUGACAAGAACAAGGAGAAGAAGCAGAAGAAAGAACAAUCAAAUGGAUCAGCUGCAAAAGAGUUAAAAGCCUGGCCCGCUUAUGUAACCGAGCGCCUCAGCCUCUACGAGGAACUGAAGAAGGAGAGUGACGCCCUCCUGGCCAAGAGAGCGACCAAAGGUAAGCCCAUCACUGUGGAGCUGCCCGACGGCCGCAAGGUGACGGGCACAUCCUGGGUCACCACCCCGUACCAGCUUGCCUGUGGCAUUAGUCAGGGCCUGGCCGACAACGCCGUGAUAUCUCGCGUGAACGGUGUGCUGUGGGACUUGGACAGACCUCUAGAGCACGACUGCUCUUUGGAGAUCUUACGCUUUGACAACGAGGACGCUCAGGCGGUGUACUGGCACUCCAGCGCUCACAUCCUGGGCGAGGCCAUGGAGCGCUUCUAUGGAGGCUGUUUAUGUUACGGACCCCCCAUAGAGAACGGCUUCUACUACGACAUGUUCCUGGAUGGACAAAAAAGUGUGUCCAGCAUGCAGUUUGGGGAGCUGGAGACUUUAUGCAAAAGUGUGGUGAAGGAGAAACAGCCCUUUGAGAGGCUAGAGGUUACCAAGGAGACACUGCUGAAGAUGUUCAAGUACAACAAAUUUAAGUGCCGCAUCUUGAAUGAAAAGGUCACCACGCCCACGACUACAGUCUACAGGUGCGGACCCCUGAUUGACCUCUGCAGGGGUCCACAUGUGAGGCACACAGGCAAGAUCAAGGCCAUGAAAAUCUAUAAGAACUCUGCCACCUACUGGGAGGGUCGCUCCGACAUGGAGACCCUGCAGAGGAUCUACGGGAUCUCCUUCCCCGACUCCAAGAUGCUCAAAGAGUGGGAACGUUUCCAAGAGGAGGCCAAGAAUAGAGACCAUCGCAAGAUUGGCAAAGACCAGGAGUUGUUUUUCUUCCAUGAUCUCAGUCCUGGGAGUUGCUUCUUCUUGCCACACGGAGCAUACAUCUACAACACCCUCACAGAAUUCAUCAGGGGCGAGUACUGGAGAAGAGGCUUCCAGGAAGUGGCCUCCCCCAACAUCUACAACAGCAAACUAUGGGAGACGUCAGGCCACUGGCAGCACUACAGUGAAAACAUGUUCUCUUUUCCCGUGGAGGAGGACACCUUCGCGCUCAAACCCAUGAACUGCCCUGGCCACUGCUUGAUGUUCGGGCACAGGCCUCGCUCCUGGAGGGAGCUCCCUCUCAGGUUUGCUGAUUUCGGGGUCCUCCACCGCAACGAGCUGUCCGGUACACUCACCGGGCUGACCAGAGUGCGACGUUUCCAGCAGGAUGACGCCCACAUUUUCUGCACCAUGGAUCAGAUCGAGUCCGAGAUGAAGGGCUGCCUGGACUUCCUGCGCUGUGUCUACGAUGUGUUCGGCUUCUCCUUCCAGCUUCAUCUCUCCACUCGUCCAGAGAAGUACCUCGGUGACAUCGCUGUGUGGAACCAGGCUGAGAAGCAACUGGAAAACAGCCUCAAUGAGUUUGGGGAGCCUUGGAAGCUCAACCCAGGAGACGGAGCUUUCUACGGUCCCAAGAUUGACAUUAAGAUCAAAGACGCCAUUGGACGUUACCACCAGUGUGCAACCAUUCAACUGGACUUCCAGCUUCCCAUCCGUUUCGACCUGACCUUUGUGGGGAAGGACGGUGACGACCGUUCUCGCCCGGUCAUCAUCCAUCGUGCCAUUUUGGGCUCCGUGGAGAGGAUGAUCGCCAUCUUGACUGAGAACUACGCAGGGAAAUGGCCUCUGUGGAUUUCUCCACGCCAGGUGAUGGUUGUGCCCGUCAACCCUUCCUGUGAGGACUAUGCCAAAAAGGUUUGUAAGCAGUUCACAGACUCCGGUAUGAUGGCCGACGUUGACCUGGACUCUGGAUGCCUUUUAAAUAAGAAAAUCCGCAACGCUCAGCUGGCCCAAUACAACUUCAUUCUCGUGGUCGGCGAGAAGGAGAAGGCGACCGGCAGCGUCAACGUACGUACGAGAGACAACAAAGUGCACGGGGAACGCUCAUUAGCAGAGGCGCUGGCCCGCCUGAGCCUCUUCAAGAAUGCCCGUUGUCAAAACGCAGAGGAGGAGUUCUGAACAACGAUUGAUGACUCACAUAAAGGUGUUACAGGGAAAGUGGAUUACACAGGACAAGAAACAGGACAUCUACUGGGCUUAAAGGCUGUGCCAGUUUAUAAUGAAACACUUUUUGUAUGUAGGCCACUGUGACGGAAAGUGUGUAUUAUGAAGGCUGAACACAUAAUCUAUGUGCCUCUUCUUUGAGCAAAAAAUAAAUCACAUGCUGAAAUACAAUGUGUUUUUUUGCACAAAUAUUGAUGGAUUUUACAGAUACACUGCAAAAACUGAAAUCUAAGUGAGAUUAAAUAUCUCAAAUAAGGGUUA